AUGUCAACUGUUGUGGUUAACAAUAAAGAAGAGACAGGAGUGAGAAAAACUCUGCCAAGCGCGUCUUCUACAGCUUCUACUGCUGCUACUUUCAACAGCCUGAGGAAUGAGAGGCUAUCGCGCUUGAACUCUGCGAGAUCUAGUAAUGUGUCAAAUGCAUCCAGUGACGCGGCAGUGAACCACGCCGAGUCCUACUUCUUGAGGAGAGAGCAUAGACUGUCGGCGCGGAGGAAAGCAGAGGAAGAGGCCGCCAUCAAUGACUACAAAAAGAUGUAUGAGAAAGCACUGGCCACCAACCAGAGGCUGAAAUCCCGACUGGACACAAGUAAACAGGAACUGACGGCGAUCCAGGACCAGCUGCAGAGGGCACAGAAGGGGCGGCCCGGAGCUUGUGAAUCGAACAUGCUCGAGAAUGAGAAGAAGGAAAGCUGGGCACUGAAAAAGAGAAUAUCAGAUAUAGAGGAACAAUUAAAGGUGAAAGCAGAACUCAAGUCGGAGAACCAGAGGCUGAAGGAUGAGAAUGGGGCCCUCAUCCGAGUCAUCACCAAACUGUCCAAAUGA